GCGAGAGAAAGAGCGCUCCUCCUCCUCCUCGUUCCUCUUCCCAAUACUCAUCCCGAAAGCCAAGGUAAUACAGUCCUCACGGCGGAGUCCUCUCAUCAUUUCUCCCCUCGCAUAAUGGAAACUGAAUGAAAGCAGCUGUGACACGCUCUGAGAAAUAACCAAAACCUGCGACUUGCCAUUAAACUGCCCUGGAAGAAGGUCGUGUUUGUGUGGAUGGAGAAUUUUGAGUCGCUGGUAAAUGAGCUGAAGUCAAGCUGGUUGUGAAGGUGCUCGACUUCUUCCCCCCUACGCCCCAAGCCGGACACAGCAUGGCGGCGGGAGUAGCGGCAUGGCUUCCCUUUGCCCGGGCAGCAGCCAUAGGCUGGAUGCCUGUGGCCAAUUUGCCCAUGCCAGUCGCACCUGCUGAAAAGAACAAGAGGCAGGAUGAGCUCAUCAUUCUUAAUGUGAGCGGACGCCGUUUCCAGACCUGGAGGAACACUCUGGACCGCUAUCCCGACACACUGCUGGGCAGCUCAGAGAAGGAGUUCUUCUACAACGAGGAGACCAAAGAAUACUUCUUCGACCGGGACCCCGACGUGUUCCGUAGCGUGCUCAACUUCUACCGCACAGGCAAGCUCCAUUAUCCACGGUACGAGUGCAUAUCUUCCUAUGACGAGGAGCUGGCUUUCUUUGGCAUCGUCCCAGAGAUCAUCGGUGACUGCUGCUACGAAGAGUACAAGGACAGGAAGAGGGAGAAUGCAGAGCGUUUGAUGGAUGACCAGGAGGACAACAAGGAUGCCAAGCUGCCCAAUAUGACCUUCAGGGAGACUAUGUGGCGGGCUUUUGAAAACCCUCACACUUCAACCAUGGCCCUUGUCUUCUAUUAUGUCACUGGUUUCUUCAUUGCUGUCUCAGUCAUUACCAACGUGGUAGAGACGGUGCCCUGUGGCUCAGCGCCCAACCAGAAGGAAGUGCCAUGUGGUGAGCGCUACACCGUGGCCUUUUUCUGCAUGGACACGGCCUGCGUGAUGAUCUUCACCGUGGAGUACCUGAUGCGCUUGUUUGCUGCACCCAGCCGCUACCGCUUCAUGAGAUCCGUCAUGAGCAUCAUCGAUGUGGUGGCCAUCUUACCGUACUACAUUGGCCUGGUGAUGACUGACAACGAGGACGUGAGCGGCGCUUUCGUGACGCUCCGUGUUUUCCGCGUGUUCCGUAUCUUCAAGUUCUCCCGUCACUCGCAGGGCCUUCGCAUCCUGGGCUACACACUGAAGAGCUGUGCCUCGGAGCUGGGCUUCCUCCUCUUCUCCCUCACUAUGGCCAUAAUUAUCUUUGCUACCGUCAUGUUCUACGCAGAGAAGGGUUCAAGCUCCAGCAAAUUCACCAGCAUCCCAGCCUCCUUCUGGUACACCAUCGUUACUAUGACAACGCUCGGGUACGGAGACAUGGUUCCUAAGACGAUCGCGGGGAAGAUCUUUGGUUCGAUCUGCUCUCUGAGCGGGGUGCUGGUAAUUGCCCUGCCCGUCCCUGUCAUCGUGUCCAACUUUAGCCGCAUCUAUCACCAGAACCAGAGAGCAGACAAGCGGCGGGCGCAGAAGGUACAGAAAGCCCGUUUGGCCAGGAUACGAAUAUCCAAGACAGGAAGCUCCAAUGCCUUCCUCCACAGCAAGCGUAAUGGCCUGUUUAAUGAAGCUCUAGAGCUCACGCAACUUCCAUACAAGAUGAACCUUUCGGAUCAGGGCUCCACUGAGGAUGAGAAACGCUUAAGCAAGUCUACCUCUCUCUUAGAGAGCCAGCAUCACCACCUGCUGCACUGCUUGGAGAAAACCACCAACCACGAGUUUGUGGACGAGCAGUAUUACCAGCAGAGCUACCUGGAAGGCGGGCUGCAGAAUUACCCGUCCCGAAGCCCCUCCCUUUCCAGUCAAGACGGCGUGACGGGGACGUGCUGCACCCGGCGAACCAAGAAGCACCACACCCCUUUACCGAACGCCAGCGCCCCAGCACACAUGCAGCCUUUGACACACACUCACACGCACCCACAAGGCUUGCAGGAGCUCAGCACCAUCCACAUCCAGCCUCUCAGCACCAGCCGCUCCAGUCUGAACAUGCGCGUAGAUGAGCCAGCCCCUCUGAACUGCCAGAGCAGCCAGAUCACCACAGCAAUCAUCAGCAUUCCCACGCCCCCAGUGACGACUCCGGAGGGCGAUGCUCAUCUGCCGGCAGGCCCCACCCACCAAAAUGUUGUGAAGGUGUCCGCACUGUGAAGACUAGAGUGCAGGCGCGUCACACAGAAAGACAGAUUUAAAAGGAAAAAACUCACGGAGACAGACGGAGGGACGGAGGAGGACCGAGAACGACGGAGGAGAGAAAGCGCUCAGUCCUGGUCUGGCCUUGGCUGAGCCUGCCCUCUGCUGGUCAUGUACUGUAACGACAUGGACUCCCCGUGUGGACGGAGGAUGGCUUUUAGAUACAGUGUCGUCAUGUUAGUGGUUGGCGUUCGUGCGUGUGCGAGUGAGAAACACCUGUAGGGAGUCGUUUUAGAUGAGCGGGUGAGUGAGUGAGUGUCACUGUGCACAAAGCACCUUUCUUAUGAUUUACUGUUUGACUUUUUUAGCUGGAGAUGUGAGGAAACCUCAAAGGGAAAAUAACAAUAAUAAGACGUAAUCCACCGCCUCAUCGCCCCCUUUGUUUUCUGAUCUCUCCAUAGAUAAAUAUGAAUCCUUUUCAGCUCCAAUAUUAUUCCAAUUUGAGUAAAAAUUCCAAAAACAUUCUGAUGGUUUUCAUAUUUUCAUAUUUGUGAAUGGGUGCGUGUGAAUUUAUUUUUUAUUUUGGGGGCCAGAUAGAGGAAUUGUGAUCUUUUGGAUAGAAGGUGUGUGAGCGUGUUUGUUCCUCAGCUGAUUGAACACUUGUUUCAGUUCUUCUGAACGUCUCUGUGGCUCCGUGUGUGGUAUAUUUGACUAGCUGCCACUCUGAAGGUUCAGCACACACAUUUCUGUCCAAAGUUCUCAGCUACAAGGCUUUUACACGACAUGUGCCUGUUCUGCUGGAGUUUAAAGAUUCGUUUUUUUCUAGCUCUCUGAAUUUCUCCACAUUCCCGUUCAUUCCCACUUUUCGGCUCUUCCAGCCUGACGGACCUCAAAUAUCUCGAUUCCCUGAUGUAGAAACCAAAAAGUCUAUUUUUAAUUCAAAACCAUCACAACUAAAAGCACAAGGCGUUUGCUGAGAAUUUCCGACACAAAUCUGUCCUGAGCCUGGGAUCUUUGUGAAUAUUGUUAAUAGAAUAUUUUGUAAUAUUUGACCAUUGUUUGGCAGAACCAGUGAAGCUGUCCUCUCGUUCUCUGUCUUUCUCUCUCCACAUCUCUCUCUCGUUGUUGUCCCGUUGUAUCCCUCCUCCUGUGUGAACAACAGUAUGCUUUCAGUAGUCUUUCUAGCCGUCGACGUUUUUCUCCCCCAAACUCAGCGGGCAUUUUUUUUGAAGUUGUUGAGUAUAUGUACUCUGUGUGGUUAGGAAACUUGGUGUUUGUACCUUUUGUCCUCCUUGGUGUUUCAGAUGAUUUAUUUACUUUAUCUUCUGGAAAAAUUAAAGCAGGGAAGUUGUAACGGUGACGGCAGAGACACGAGGACACUGGAUGAGCAUCUACAGACGUCUGUCACCAAAAAAAAAAGUGUUGUUCUGUCUGUUGAAUCCGAUAUGUAUUAUUUCUCAUCCCAUCAAAGUUGACCUUUUUACAAAUCUUGAAUGUCAUGUUUGGGUUCAGAGACCCCAAAGUCUUCAUGUGGAUUUUCACCAAGAGGAACGAGCAGACCAACCACCCGCUUUGCUCCGUGUAGAUAAAACAAAAUGGUGAUAAAGAGCACAAGGAGCGAGCCAGCGCUUCACCAGUGUAAGCCACGAUCUUAUUUCAAAGGCAGUAUUUGAAAUCGUCUGCAGCCUCAUUUACAGAACCUUGGGGAUGCCGUAUACAGUAUAAAUUACUCAAAAGGCAGUGAUUUCCAAAGAAUUUAAAUUGUAUUUUUAACUGAAACUAGUACAAAGACAACACUUUUAUGACCAUUUUAAUUUGAUGCCCACACAUUUCAUUAAAGAGGACCGCUGUGCUGCAUACACUCUCUCUUUCUCCAAAAUUGUAAAUGCAUAUGAGAAAUAUUCAUUUAUGAGGUUUUUCCAUCCUUUUCUUUGUUCGUGAUGUGAGCGUCUCGUUUGAGCCUCCUUUGUACUUCCUUCCAUAAGAGUGAAAGAUCCAGGCGAGUCGUUUUAGUACCUGCCAGACCGCUGAUGAAGUUCAAACCGAGCACCAGACUGGGGAAGAAAUUUAAGUGAUUUUGAAUGUGCCAUGGGUGACAGGCAGGAUGGUCGGAGUAUUUCAGAAACUGCUGAUUUUUCCACACAUCCCAGAAAAAAAAGAGAAAAUAUGAUGACUCAGAUAACCUUCUGUCAGCUAAAACAGGAAACGCAGGCUUUGAAACACCAGAACUGGAGUUCAGGCUGGUGGUGGUGGUGUAGUGGUAGUGGUGGUGGUGUAUGCAGAAUAUUUUCUCGGCACCUUGUGUUCGAACAGCACCGCCUGCCUGAGUGUUGUUGCUGACCGUGUCCAUCUUCUGAUAGCUGCCUUUAGCCACAUCACAAAGCUCGAACUGUCUCAGCUGGUUCCUCGAACAUGACCGUGAGUUCACUCAAAUGAUCUCCACAGUCAUCAAAUCUCAAUCCAGGAAAAUCCUUUGAGCUGCCGACAGAUCUGCAGCAACUGCCAGAUGCAUGACGUGGACCAAACUGUGUGCAGCUACUAGAGGUGAUUUUAAGCCCAUCAAGUUGUAGUUGUUGUUUUUAAAGUGACCAUUUUAUAUGUUUUUACGGUCCUCGUUAAAAGAGCUCACUAGCUUUUUAUGACUCUUUUAAAUGUUUUUGUAACAUCAAUCAUGAAAUCGUCAAAAGAUUUAUUUUGUGAUUCAGCGGUAGAACGGUGGCGUGGUGGUUCGCACUGUUACCUCACAGGAAGAGGGUCCUGGGUUCAAUUCCACCAUGAGGCCAGGGUUUCUCUGUGUGCAUCCCUGUGUUUGUUCUCUCUGGGUACUCUAGCUUGACCCAAAAACGUGGGGUUAGUUUUAUUGCAAACUCUAAAUUGCACGUAGGCGCGAAUGGUUGUCUGUGUUAACCUUGUGUCCAGGGUGUGCCCCGCCUCUCCCCUGAGACAGCUGGGAAAGGCUCCAGCAACCCUGAAGCAGGAUGAGCAGGAAUGGUGAUGAAAUCAUCAAAAUAUUGUUUUUGUUAUUUAGAAAUAUUCUUGUUGUCCUAACGUCCUUGGGCGUAGUGAACUCUGGCACAUCUUCUGAAACACUCUUCGAACUCGUGACACAUUCAAACUAAUUAGUCGUGUUUUGUUGCCUGAUCCCCAAAUUCCUUCAUUUCAAAACCUCUCGUGUUGCCUUUGUAUUACUUUCAGUUAAAUAUAGAUAUUAAAUGAAGAACAAGGAAUUGCAUUGUAUUUGAUAAUUUGCACAGCAUCCUGACGUUGGUGCAAUAACGUGUUUGCUCACAUGUAGCUGACGAUGACUUUGCUGUAGACUGUUUAAAACUACUGCCACAUAGCAGCAAAUAUUACAAACCUGUUAAAAAUAUCCAAGCAUCUUAAGAUGAAGACAUCUGAAAGCUUAAGCAGUUUAACAUUUGUACGAAGCCUUAGAAAACAUAUCAUAAGCCAUCAGGUGGAGAUAUAAACAUACUGGUACAACACCAGUGCAUCAGGUCCUGGUUCUGUGUCAUGCUUCAGUUCUGAUCUCGAGCAUCAACCCCCAUAAAGCUGAAUCUCUUCUGCCACGUUGGAACAGGAUGUGUUUUCUCUGAUAGUCCUAGCAGUGACUUAGUGCUGUCGCUGGUAGUUUAGUACUGUACACAAGAACAACCGCAUAGAGGCAGCAUUAGUGUUUAGUUCAACUGUGCAGAAUUUACAUGAAAAACAUAAAAGCACAGACGGAGCUUUUCUCAGUGUUCUGGUGGGUUAGAGACAGUGUCUUUAUAUUUACAGCAGAAAGUCUGACUUUGUUAAAUCGAGGGUAUGACAGGUAUCGGCAGAAGCGAGGCUCCCUGCGUUUCUUUGAUUUAUUUACAUUUGUUGGUUCAUUUCCUGCUUCCUGUUUCAGAACAGGUUGUUUUGUGUCAGCUGCUCUUACCAAACGACACAGUUUGAAAUAUAUGUAAACAUAUAUUCUGCUCAACGUGUCAAAAGAUUUCAUUUUUCUUUUACAACUAAAACAGGUCUGUUGUUGUGUUCGUCUCUUUCUCUGUUAUGUAUUCUCCUUUGUCCUUUUUUCUGGGCUCGGUUUUCCUCUUUGCUUUGCCCUCCUAUGCCACCUGUCGUUGUUCAGACUACUGCUGUGCGUAAAUGUCAGGUGUUGGAUAUUAUUUAUGACCUUGUCUUGUGUCCCAACUGUGAAACGCCUGAUAAAACAUCUAUAUCUGCCACUAAUACAUAAUCUCUGGGCUCCCU